AAUAUUAAUCCUCCGUGUGUGUCGGCUCAUCUCAGAUUAUUCACUUGGAAAGACUGAGAAACUUUACUUUACAGUUCUCCUCACGUAUUUACGAGUAGUGCAAGUUUUUAGCUUAUCUUUCUUUACAAACUUUUACCUAAGGAGUGAAACAAUUUAAUAAUAUUUAGUGCAAGUGAUACAUAGUUUUUUUAAGAUGCGUAAGAUAAAUAAUUCGUUCCUAGCAGUGUUGCUGAUUUGUUUCGUGAUACAAAAAUCGUACUCCUUCCCAAGCGCAGAAGAAGAGGAGAAUUCGAGUGAAGAUGAUUCCUUGCAGCAGCAGCAACAGACUGUAAAUGCAGAAUCUCUUGAAGAAUUCAGUACCCAACUGAAGACAAAAGGGAAAGUUGAGAAAUUGCAGACACCACCAACUCCAGCUCCAGUGGAAGUCGAUCCAUGUCUCGAGGAGAAAAGAGUUGGUCCGUGUAAAGCUGCUAUUCCUCGUAUCUUCUUCAACAAGGCUACAGCAAAAUGUCAAACCUUUCUCUUUGGUGGGUGCGGCGCCGGAAAAAACAAUUUCAAGUCAUUAGCAACAUGCGAAUCUGUUUGUGCCAAACAUUUGCCUAUUGUUUCCAUCUUGCGUGUUCCAAACGCUAGAGGAGAUGCGGAAGAACAAGAAAUAUGCAUCCUACCUCCAAUCCAUCCCGUUGGGGUACAAUGUGGUGCUUUUAUUCCACGCUGGACGUACAAUGCCACGCAAGGAAGUUGUGUAGAAUACAUUUACGGAGGAUGCCAAGCUACUAAGAACAAUUUUAAGAAUCGACAAUCGUGCCAAGCCACGUGUGGAAAUUACACGGCAAAGCCUGACCCCAGAAAAGAUGACGGCUUAAGCCCACCACCACCACCAAUCGCAACUUCAUUAAGUACAAAGGAUCGCAGGGUGUGUGACCUUCCAAAGGAAAUCGGUUUCUGUUACGCUCUCAAGAAGCGUUACUUUUUUAACAAGAAGAAUAACCGUUGCGAAGUCUUCAACGGGGGUUGCGGAGGAAAUGGCAACAAUUUCAAAACCGGGGAAGAAUGUGCGCGACUUUGUGGAGGAGAUACACCUUCAGAAAACGAGGAAUGUUCCGACGUGAAUUGUCCUUGGGAGUUGUACACACACUACAAAACUCAGGAUUGUAAACCUAUUUACGAUGGGCAAUCUUGUUGCCCGACUCGAUUUGAUUGUCCUGACAAGACCCAACAACAAUUGAACAAUACCCUCGGCGAAGGAAGAAGCCUACCUGGUGAGCCAACAAGUGAAGAUUCACCACCUCAAUGCCACUACAAGGGAAAGUCAUACAACGUUGGGGAAGAUGUUUCUGAAGCCUCCGACUCUGGGAGUUGCCGUGUAGCAUGUUUUUGUUCUGAAACUCAACCCGGAAAAGCCAAAAUAAUGUGUGCAAGUAUCGAAUGUCCAGAACAUCUUGGCUCGAUUUCACCUGAGAAACGAAACUGCGUUCCACUCUACAAAAAAGGGAGCUGCUGUGCUUACGACUUUUACUGCCCAAAUGACACUCUAAUCAUCCAAGAACCUGACCAGCAGCAGGCAGCCCUAUCUGGAGAAGAGGAGCAACCCGUCUUCAAGUGCAACAUGGACGGGAAAAGUUUUUAUGAAGGGCAGCGUUUUUAUCCGAAGGAAUCCAAGUGCUUGAGAUGCAUUUGUGGAAAAGGGUUUGGUACCACUCUCUCGGACGAAUUUUGUGAGUCUAUUGACUGCGGAAUAGAGAUAUAUUACUCUGAUUACAUUACGAAAGGAUGCUCACCUGUUUAUUAUCAAUCUGCUGAUGGAUCAACCAGCUGCUGCCCAAUUUCUUGGGAAUGCCCGGACAACAACGAGGGUGCCACGACCGAUUCAUCACCACCAAGGAGUGUCGCUACCACGACGAGGACAACACCUGAGACAAGUGAAGUUGGACCAGUUCCCGUAACCCCAGCUAUCGAACCUCCAUUAGUGGUCCCGACAUCUUCCACCGUCGAGGUGUACAUCCCUCCCCCUCAGAUGAGAAACAAACAUUUACUCCUCACCCAGAGUGCUUGCAGUCUGCCAAAGGAAAUCGGAAACUGCAAGGGUCACAGAACUCGCUACUUUUACAACAAAGAUGCCAACAAUUGCGAAGAGUUUCAGUUUACAGGAUGUGGCGGGAAUGAUAACAACUUUGUCAGUCAGAGGGACUGUCAGAGAUUGUGCAUUACUGCUGAUACUCCAGAAUCCACCCCAGAUAACAAAGUACUGGGCCGAAGUUUGGAUGCAAAUACGGCACAGCAACACCAGACUCCAACACAACGAGAAGAGAGAGCAAUUUAUGUGACAGAAGUGGAUCCCUGCACUAUGCGGAAGGAAACAGGCCGAUGCAAGGGCUACUUUCUCCGCUACUUUUACUCUCCUGAAUCCAACUCUUGUGACACUUUUGUGUUCGGAGGCUGCAAAGGCAACAGCAAUAAUUUUUACUCGAAAGAAUCCUGUCAAGCGGCAUGCACCCCAGCCCUGAAUGUGCACGGCCUUCGAACAAGUAUUCCUUCUGGUAAGGAAUCCAGGGGAGAUGCAUCCAUGGUAAAGUUUGGAGAGGACACUACUCCUCCAGCAUCACAACCCAGUAAAUCUGUCACGACUGGCGACACUACUUCUGCCACGAGUAUUUGCGCUUUAGAAAAAAAGACUGGGUUUUGCAAAGCCUAUGUCACCCGGUAUUACUACGACAGUGCGGAGGGCCGGUGUAUGACAUUCGUCUACGGAGGGUGCCGUCCGAAUCCCAACAACUUCAAGUCCCUGGAAGAAUGUGAAAGAAGGUGCCCUGAAAGCAUUUCGGACAGUAGAACAGCACAAGUGGCUCAAGUUCAACCAAGUGGCGAUAAAAAUUUCGCCGUCAUUCAAGGCGGACAAGGAGGACGAGGCGACGACGAUAGCGUGUCAGGGUGGCGUUCUUCUUCAUCAAAUCGUUUCUUGGAGAGGUGUCGUCUCCCAAUGAAGGCUGGAUCAUGCCAGGCCAUCAUUCCAUCAUAUUUCUACGAUACGGAAACAAAUACGUGCAACUACUUUCUCUUUUCGGGCUGCUUUGGUAACGCCAACCGGUUUGGAAGUCUGAGUGAAUGUGAGGACCAGUGCAAGCAGCCGGACACAACUGCACAAAAUGAAGGCAUUGGGGGGCGAAUGUCUAUGACCGGUCUUCCCUGGAGACAAAAUAGAGUCGCUGCUGAAGAUGGUGGAGAAGGCAGCAGUCGUGGUGGUGAGGAAAUAGGGACUUUAGGAACUCCAACGGAAAUGGAUCCUCCCACGCAACGAGCCCGACCUGCGAAACCUAUGCCAUUGCCAACUCCAGAAGAAGCUGAAGAAGUUUGUAAACUUGCUCCCGUCCAAGGCCCAUGCCGAGCCCACAUCCUCCGCUUCCACUGGGACCACACCACCCAGCUUUGCAUCCCUUUUGUGUACUCAGGCUGUAGAGGCAAUAGGAAUAAUUUUGUGAGUGAGUCAGAUUGUGCUUCCGUGUGCAGAAAGGAACCAACAAUUGAACAAUUAACAUCUGAUGGCGUUCUCUCAUGCACUUUCGGAAAUGAAACGAUCCCUGUUGGUGGCACGGUGAGGAAAUUUAGACAAAACAAGCGUUGGAAUCCUCACGCCUCUCCAGAAGAACAACUUCCAUGUGGAAUUCCAAUUUGCCAGUGUAUCACACCUCCUUCCGUAACGUGUUUCCAAACUUCCUGUCCGACCCAACCACCUCCAACCACAACGGAGAAAGUAUGUCCCACCCCGACUUGUGGGGCUAAUUGCGUAGAAGCAACGGGAUUAGAUGGCUGUCCCACCUGUGACUGCGACGAAUCCCAGAGUCAAGUACAAGUCCAAGAAAUCAAGCCUGUGAAGAGCUGAGGACGACGAAGGGUGACAAAAUGACGCCGAGUAGAUUUGAUGAUCUGAGUGCUGAGCUGGUUUAAUAAAGUCUAAAAGCCUUCUUGCCAUGAUACUCGUAGACAGAUACACAUAUAAUAAAAUGACAAGAAAGAACAAGACGUGAAGAAGUGGUGGAUAACAUGAAAUUCUCAUUUAACAUAACAAUAACUUAAUAAUGCAAGAAUCACAUCAUCAUUUUCGUCGUCGUCGUCGUCCUCAACUUGUCUCUCGUCUCUCCAUGUCUUCACCAUGUAUACCAAAGCACCCCACAACUUACAUAUACUUUUGAAUCGUAUUAUCUACAUAACUUUUGUUGUAACACUUUUCCUCCUCCUCCCUGUUUUUAUGUGUAGUCAUGAAUAAAUUUUUACUGUUUUAGGCUCAACUUAAA